UACAUAAUCCUGCCAGGAACUACUUCAUGAGAGAGAAGACCGGGCGUCGGAGAGAUAAUGACGUGGCAACCUGUUAUUGGUUCGCACACGUAACUCGCUCGCAGUCGCAUCUGAGGGUUUUUAGUUUUUCCACGUUUUUUUCCUCCUCAGCCGUCCCGCCCCAUUUCCCGGAGGGAGAAAGGUUGCUCCGAUUUUGCCCACUGUGAUUCGAAGUGAACUGUGGAGAAGGUGACGAAAAAAGAAGAUGUUCCGGUCCCGAUCGCUGUCGCUGCCACUUCUGGCGGCGGUUUCAUUGCUUUUCUUCGCAUCCAAGCUCUGCUCUGCACUCUACAGUGCGUCCACUCCGGUAGUUCAGCUCACUCCUUCCAACUUCAAGUCCAAGCAAACUAACCGAGGCUGUGAACUUCAGGUUCUAAACUCCAAUGGAAUUGUUCUAGUUGAGUUCUACGCCCCUUGGUGUGGCCAUUGUCAAGCUCUUACCCCAGCGUGGGAAAAAGCUGCCACAGUCUUGAAAGGCGUGGCAACCGUGGCAGCUGUUAAUGCUGACGAACAUAAGGGCCUUGCUCAGGAAUAUGGAAUUCAAGGUUUUCCGACAAUAAAAGUGUUUACUCCUGGCAAGCCACCUGUGAACUACCAAGGAGCUAGGGAGGCCAAACCAAUCGUGGAGUUUGGGCUCCAGCAGAUAAAGGCACUUCUCAAGGACCGGUUGAAUGGAAAAUCAACCAGUGGUUCUAGUGAAAAAUCUGAACCAAAUGCCUCAGUAGAGUUGAACGCCCGCAACUUCGAUGAGUUGGUGAUCAAAAGUAAAGACCUCUGGAUUGUAGAAUUUUUCGCUCCCUGGUGUGGACACUGUAAAAAGUUGGCUCCUGAGUGGAAGAAGGCAGCUAGUAAUUUGAAGGGGAAGGUGAAACUGGGUCAUGUUGACUGCGACUCAGAGAAGUCUUUCAUGAGCAGGUUCAAUAUUCAAGGAUUUCCAACAAUCAUGAUAUUUGGAGCUGACAAAGACAGCCCAAUGCCUUAUGAGGGUGCUAGAACAGCCUCAGCUAUUGAGUCAUUCGCUCUGGAGCAGCUGGAAACAAAUGUUGCUCCACCUGAAGUAACCGAGUUGACUGGCCCGGACGUCAUGGAGGAGAAGUGUGGUUCAGCAGCCAUCUGUUUCGUGUCAUUCUUGCCUGAUAUCUUGGACUCCAAGGCAGAAGGAAGGAACAAGUACCUCGACCAAUUGUUAUCAGUUGCAGAGAAGUUCAGAAGAAGCCCCUACAGUUAUGUCUGGGCUGCUGCUGGCAAGCAACCAAAUCUUGAGAACAGCGUUGGCGUAGGUGGAUAUGGGUACCCAGCUCUGGUUGCCUUGAAUGUGAAGAAAGGAGUAUACGCUCCGCUUAAAAGUGCCUAUGAGCUGGAACACAUCAGAGAUUUCGUUAAGGAAGCAGGGCGUGGUGGAAAAGGAAACCUGCCAUUGGAAGGCACACCAAAGAUCGUGAAGACCGAGCCAUGGGAUGGUAAAGAUGGGGAGAUCAUGGAAGAAGACGAGUUCUCACUCGAAGAGUUGAUGGGCGAGGACUCCGGGAGCAAAGACGAGUUGUGACCGCGAGUAGAUGAAUUGCAAAUCAGCAGUUUUGGUGAUAAAAGACACAAACUAGUCUUUAGAGUGGAAGUUAGAAAUGAUGGCUGAUAUUGAUAUCUGCAACCAGUUCUGGCCAUUGAUUUUAAGGGCUAUAUAUCAAGAACGGUUUGUUGCAAGUGAUGGUGUGGGACUUUCUGAUUGAAGUGGAAGUAUACUGUGGUCAGUAAAACUACGUCACCCCUCCGUUUUCACCUUUCAAUGCUGUUGAAUACUACUCUCUGUGGAAAACCUCCUUUGUCAUGCAUGCCUUGAUCCGGCACAAUCAAUUAA